AUGAAGUUGUUUAUUCUGGACGAGAUUAAAUCUUCUUUGGCCACUAUGUCAACUCCCGCCAGUACCCCUAACCCUCCCAAGAAGCGCAAGCUCUCCGUUAUUUCCUCCUCUGAUGCCGAGGAUGCGGAAGAAGCCUCCGUCUCAUCUAGACAGAUACAUAACGAGGACCCCCUGUCAGAGGGAGAGAUCGUGGAGGAAGAUGACAAAUAUUUCUUCUCCUCAGAUGAAAUGGAGGAACUGUUUAGCGCCGUCAGGUGCACAAUGGGGAUUGAGGACACCCCUAAGCCCCGUACUGUCCAAGACGAGAUGUUUGGAGGUCUUAGAUCAAAAACUUCCAUUGUUUUCCCAAUAAACGAAAACAUACGGGAGAUGAUUAUGGACGAGUGGUCUGAUCCAGAGAAGAGGCUAGGGGUCCCCAAGGAGUUCAGAAAUAGAAUCUGCUUUGAUCCGAUGGAAUGUAAAUUAUUUAAUGUAACCCCUAAGGUUGACAAAUUGGUAGCCAAGGUGGUAAAGAGAACCGCUUUGCCUUUUGAUGACUGCUCUCAGCUGGGCGAUCCGAUGGAUCGAAAAGCGGACGGGCUCCUGAAAAGCUUCUGGGAGUCUGCCAUGUUUGGAAUCAAAACGAAUAUAGCAGCAACAUCCCUGGCCAGGGCCAUGUAUAUCUGGCUAGGAGAACUUGAUGAUCACCUAAAAAAUAAAACUCCUAGAGACAAAACAGAGGUGCUGAUAAAAAAAGAUUGUGACGUUUCAGAGUUCUCACAGAUGCUCCAUCAGGGAAGCCAUGAGCUUACUAGGAAGCCUAACCGCCUGCCUACCUUCAGUCCCUUGGUGCCAGAGCCACACGAGAAUAACCCAGAGCUGGAUCAUGAGAGAAUGGAAUGGAAAAUGGGUAGACCUAGACAGAAGAAUAUGGAUACCACAGUCUGUGAAAACAGAUCUCAACUGGUGGAAGCAAAAGAGAAGACUACUCAGAGAGAGGUUGAAGAUCUCUUGCAAUGUGGAGCAGACCCAAAUCUAGUUCUUCCCAAAGGUAUUGCAGCUAUUCACCUUGCUUCAGGAAAGGAGAGCGAGUGUGCCCUGAGAUGUUUGACGCUGAUUUUGCAACAUGGUGGAAAUCCUAAUGUCAGAUCUACAGACGAUCUAACCCCAGUACAUGUGGCAGCUUCAUGGGGAUGUUGUAAGGCUCUUCUCUUCUUACUGCGGAAAGGGGGUGAUCCUUCUAUUCAGGAUCAGGAUGGGAAUACAGCAUUAGACCUGGCCUUCAUGGAGAAUAACAGGAGGUGUGUUGUUGCUCUUCAGGAAUACAAAGAAAGGAUCCCUGGUGGAUGCGCAGAUGAAAUACGUGAUUGUCACAAUAAUUAUUCCACUGCACCUGAUGAUAUCACAGAAUUGAGCUGCAUCUCUCUACUUCUUGAGCCGACCUAUGAAAACUCUCCACUAAGCAGUACCAAAAUCUCUCCUAUGAGGAUUUUUCCUAAAACUUUAAAUCCACUGAGCCACAUGGAUGAUGCAUUAAUAUCAAGUCAGGCAGAAAUGCCAUACUUGCAUACAAAAAAUGAAUCCAGAAAACGAGAAUUAGGUUGUAGCUUCAAAAGCAUGAGUAAUGAAUGUGAAUUAAACCCAGCGGAAGCAAAAGAAGCAGUUCCUGGCAGAAGUUCAUCACAAAGUGGUCACUGUACUGAAUACUUUUCUACUCAGGUGGAAUCUGACUUGACCUUAGAUAACUCAUCUAUAAGUAAAAAGACUCAGACUUUAGUUGAUUAUAACUCCGAAAAUAAUACUAGAAAUACAGUAAGUCAGGCAGUAUCUCUGGAUAUCUAUUCAGCAGUACAGCAAGAUUUAAAAAGUCAUAGAGAAGUAGACGUGGUUUGUGAGAAACUGGAAGCAUUAGAUGUGACCUCUCCUGUCCAUGUUUACACCUACAACAAAGAACACAGCGAGGAGAACAUGGAAAAGACUUUGAUUUUGGUUAGUAAUGUAUCUGAGUGUAAAAUCUUGGAAGCAAAGGAAACCUGUUGUAGGAGUGAUUAUAGUGACUGUAACACAGGCCUGUGGGAAAGUGGUCAUAGAAGGUGGGGCUCGAAUGGAAUGGACAGUAUUUUCUACGAUUCAGGGGAUGCAACAGUACUUUCUAAAAGAUAUGAAUGUAAAACCAUGAAUGCACAUAGUUCGGGACUUGUAGCUAAAGAAGAUCUGCAAGCAGUGGAAAAUCAAAGGUUAACAGGUGAUUGCACACAAAUAGUAAAUAGUCAAUGCAACAGAACACCUACAGUAGAGUGUACAAAUAAAACCAUAAGAACCUCAGAAGUGCAGUUCACUUCACAAUCUUCCACUGUGCCUAUUGAAAACACUAGUGAACAUGAUGGCCAGGAUUUGCAGAUUCAUUUAAGGGACUUAUUAUUGUCUACCAAAGCUCACCAUAAGACUGGGUCACAAGCAGUAUGUGCUAACACUAUUCCAGUAAGUGGUGAAACAAGAUCACCAAACCAGAAAGAUGCUAGUUCCUCCUCCUCUACUAGCUCUGAAGGUAAUUGUUUUGUAGAAUACCAUGAACGACGUGUAAACGAAACCAGAGAUUCUGAUCUGCAGCAAGACCUUAAAAAAAUGAUGCUGGCAACUAAGAACUCUCUUUCACCAGCCAUAGCGAAUGAGGACAAAAGCCCCUUCUUUACCCCACGUACUAAAAGCAGACUCCGCUCUUUCAAAGUUCAUCAGAAUAGUUCUUUACUCUUCGAUGACUCUGUGGAAAUGCCGAAAAGAGGCAGGCGGGUGAGGAGUCCAGGUGGCCUGGCAUCUCCCACACACAAUUUUCCACCAGAUGAAUUUCUGCCUAGAAUGAGCUCACACUCCCCUAGUGUGACAUAUGACCCGAUUAAACAGGCAGAUACAAGUGAUCAUGCAGAAUUGACCUUGACAAAAAGAAAUCCACAGCAUCAUGGAGAAAACCUUUCUGAAGCAGAAGCCACCAUCAGUAUCACCAACUUUCUUACAGAUGACCUUUCUUCAGAGACAGAAGAAAAAUCUUGCCUGCAGUUAAAGCAAGCCAAUAGCAACCAUGGUGGUGAUGGUGGGUUUUCGGACAGUGCAUGGCUAACAGAAGAUGGGGAAUCUGAGAUUAGUGGAGUUGCUGCUCAUAAAAAGAGGAACGUUUGUUCUACCACGGAGGAGAAAUCGUUACCUGCAUCUUUAUCCAAUAGAUCUUUUUUUCAUAGUACAUUAUUAGAAGACACAGUUGUGAAUAGUUGUAAACCUCCACGUUACAGCUUCAGUAGAAUUUCUUUAAUCCCACGAGUUGAUGGAAGUACUGUGUCAUGUCUAGGUACACUCCAUGAUUCUGCCAGUCAGGAAAUGCCAUUAUCACCUGGUGGACGCCCUGUAAAUGUAAGCCAAGUAGAGCCAGUGGAAUAUCUCUAUAAGGAUAAUGAAAAAGGACAUGUACUCAUCGAAAAACAUAUGCCAUCUAUAGACCAUUCCAAGACAGAUACUGCAGAAACUUCAGAAAAUACUAUAGUAUACGACUGGAGAAACUAUAAGAUUAAUACACUAACCAUAAACAAGGCCUCUUCUGUAAGUUCACCUAAUCGAGUGGCUGUGGAACUCUACAGAUUAUCUAAUGAUGAUAUUGCCAGCAGACUGCGGGGGUUUGGGGAAAACCCCGGACACGUAACCAGCCAGAAUCGGAAGAUGUGUAUCUUAUUAUUAGACAAAUGUUUAAAAGAACAGACUUCAAAUAGACCAAUGGGUUUGUCCAUUAACUAUAGCCCAGAACUCUCUUUAGCCCUACACACAUUUAACAUUUCAGACUGCAGCAAAGAUGAGGCAGAGAUUUCACGAGAAUUUGACCGACCAGAUAAAACGCGAAAAUGGAGAGAGGGAGUCUUAAAAUCUAGUUUUAAUUACUUAUUGUUGGAUCCAAGGGUCACUCGAAAUCUGCCAUCUCGAUGUCGUGACAUAUCUCCACAUGAUUGCUUUCGUACCUUUGUCAGCUCUGUUUUUUACGUGGGCAAAGGAAAGCGAUCUCGACCAUACUUACAGCACAUUGUAGAUAUCUGGAAGAGUGGCCAGGGUGUGCUGUCUCUGCACUGUUUCCAGAACACUAUCCCAGUGGAAGCUUACACAAGAGAAGCCUGCAUGGUGGAUGCCAUUGGUUUAAAAAUGCUAACCAAUCAAAAGAAAGGGAUAUACUAUGGUCAAGCCCAAAACUGGUCAUCCACACGACAACAGCGUCUUGGAGUGCACAUACUUUAUAAAGCGAUGCAGAUUUUCCUGGCUGAAGGAGAGAGACAGCUGAGGCCACCAGACAUACGCUCAGGACAGUGAUACGAGGGACACUAUUGGUGAACUGAAACUAUAUCAACGUUUUGUACGCUGGA